CUAUAAAUAUAGAAUAUGGACCAAGUGGCAGCAGGAAUAUUGCUGAUUAAUUUGCAACAUGAAGGCGUCUCACGUUGUUCUCGUCUUGGCCGUCUGUCUUCCAGUCUUGCUAGCCUCACGCAGCAAGAGAUCCCUAUGGGGGCUCAGGUCCCAGAUUCUCUGCACCAUUCCUGGCAGUUGGCCACUCGUCAGCUAUGCUGACUAUGGAUGCUACUGUGGCAAGGGAGGCUCUGGAAUACCUGUUGAUGCCCUCGACACAUGCUGCCAAACUCAUGACCAUUGCUACCACGCUGCAAAGGCAGAUAAAGCGUGCAUACCCUACCUGGAUAACCCGUACACCCAUGGCUACCACCAAACAUGUGACAAGAGCACCAAGACCGUGACCUGUCUCAGUACCAAUGAUGCCUGUCAGAUGUUUAUCUGCGAGUGUGACAAGAAGGCAGCCAUGUGUUUCUCCCAGGCAAAAUACAUCCCAGCUCACGACCACUAUAACCAGGAUCUCUGUAGUAAAUAAAAUGAAUACGACCAGGAGCUCUGUAGUAAAUAAGAUGAUCAGGACCAAGAGCUCUGUUGUAAAUAAGAUGACUAGGACCAGGAGCUCUGUAGUAAAUAAUGUGAUAAGACCAGAAGCUCUGCAGGAAACAACCACACCCUCUGAUCACCCUCUAUGGGCAUACCUAAUACAUCCAGUGUUUCCCCCAGUAAAUGUCUCAGUGAAGGUGGUAAGCAGUCGGUGGUGUUGUUGGUGCGGCGCAAAGCGGCGCGCCGAAAAAUUUUGGGGGUAUUUUGCUCAAAGAUGCCAGUACGCAUGAAUGAAAUAAACGACUGUUUAUUUCCAUAUAAAUAAACAACAGUAGGUACAAAUGUUGUGCAAACAUGCAGACACUACAAAAUAAAAUUAAAGAAAAGUGCAAAUUAAAUACAAAUAAUGGACAAUACACUUAACUUUUGUAUGCAAAUUCAACUAUUUACAGUUCCUUUUUUGGAUCUUAUUUGCGGCACAGCUGACAAGAGGCAUCAGUGCAUGCAAUUCUGCGUGGCUGUGCAAAGAACAGUUCCAUCGCCCUGCUGUAAUUGAUUUUUUUUUUUUUUUUUUU